AUGUUUGUCAAGCUUCUGCUAAUCCUUUUCGUUCUAUUUUCAACCUUAGAAGCUCGAGAAGCUUGGAAAUUAACCUUGAAAGAUUUUGAAACAUCUGAAAUUGAGAAAUCAAUCAAAGAGCAAGCUAGAGAAGAAUUGGAAGAACCACUGCCAGCAGAAGUUUAUGGAAAUUAUUGGCAUAUUGGAAAACAUGAAGAAAUGAUUAAGGAAUUUUUGGAAGAUUUGGAAUAUUGGGAUCCGGAGCCAAUUCAUCAAAGACAUCAGGAGUAUCUUAAAUUAAUAGAGAGCUAUGUGAGUUAUCUUAAGUUCACUUUUGAAAAUGAAAUAUAUAAUUAUGAUUUUUGGGUUUCAGAAGACUGGAAAAAUCGAUAAGAAAGAGAUGGAUCGUGUUUUGGUGGAAAUGCGAAAAACAGAUCGUGUGUAUUUGGAGAGAAGACACCAAGCAAGAAAAUACUGA